AUGAUUGCUUCCUGCUUCAGCAGUCCUACCCAGUUGACUCAUGAAACCCAGAAGCCACAAAACCUCAUCACUUGCAUUUACCAAACUCAGCUCUGCAAUUUCCCAACCUUCUUGACAUUAACCUGGUCCAAAACCCUCUUCUCCCACUCCUUAAUAAUCCAUGCCGCCGAUUCAUUCUCCAUCACUCUCUCUCUCUACCCACCAACCUUCUCCUUCUUCCGAAACCGACCUGGAUCCAAAUCCCUCUCUCUCACCCACCACCGAGUCAAGCUAUAUUGGGAUUUCACUAAAGCAGAGUUCACCGGGAACUCGGCCGAACCUGCCUCACGCUUCUACAUUGCCAUCGCUUGCGACACCCGCAUCGAAUUCUUCCUCGGUGAUCUAAGAGACGAUGCGCUGCGACGCAUCACAGGAGCUUACCGAAUCUCUCCUUCUGCCGAGCCCACAUUACUAUCGCGCCGUGAGCACGUAUUCGGGCGCAGGAGUUUCACGACCACCGCUCAGAUCUCUGGAUCGAAGCACGAAAUUUGGAUCGAAUGCAGCGGUGGAGUGUUGAGGGUGAAGGUGGACGAUGAAGUGAGUCUGGUCGUGAAGAGAUUAGCGUGGAAAUUCAGAGGGAACGAGCGAAUUGUGGUUGGGGGUUCCGAAGUUGAGUUCUAUUGGGAUGUGUUCAAUUGGGUUACAGGGUCUGGUGGUCAUGGAGCGUUUGUGUUUCAGGUAGGGGAUUGUGGGGUCUGGCCUGAAAUGGUGGGCCCGGAGAAGAGACUCAUGAGGAAGAGCUUAUCGUCGUCUUCGCCGUCGGCAAUGUCGCUGUCGCCGUCUCCGUCGUGUUCGAGUGUUUUGCAGUGGGCAGAAGAGAGUAGUGAUGGAGGGAGGAGUUCUUGUUCUUCUUCUACCAGGUAUUGUGGGAGUGGAGGUUUCUCGUUGCUGCUGUAUGCAUGGAGGAGCGAUUGA